UCAGAAACUAAAUUUGACAUGUAAAUUGUAAACAUUUGCGAGUUUUGUGCAAAUACUUCUUGUAUUUUUUAAGCUAUUGUGCUUAUAUAGUGCUUGCUUCAUAUUGUAAGAAAAAGAAAAAAACAGUUGUUUGAUCAAGACUGUGUAAAUAGUGAUUUUACCGACUGUGCCCGCGAACACUUAAGCGUUUGUAAAGAUUAACCGAAUAUGUUCCGACGACAAUUUCUCUUACAUCAAGUGAGGAGAGCACAUUCGACAACAUGGCAGAAAAAUCCUCAACUGGACGCAAUAAUUCGUGUAGACCAUGCUGGCGAACUUGGGGCGGAUCGUAUAUACGCAGGGCAGAUGGCAGUCCUGGGGAACACGGCUGAGGGGCCGCUGAUCAAACACAUGUGGGAGCAAGAGAUUAAACACAGGGAGAAAUUUGAAGAACUCAUCUCGAAAUAUCGCGUGAGACCAACCGUUAUGACCCCUCUAUGGAAUAUUGCAGGAUUUGCGCUUGGAGCUGGUACAGCAUUAUUAGGAAAGGAGGCAGCGAUGGCGUGUACUGUCGCAGUCGAAACUGUCAUAGUGGACCAUUACAAUGACCAGCUCCGGACCCUCAUGGAAGACCCGAACGUGGACAAAGAAAUCCUUGAAACGAUCACCAAGUUCAGGGACGAGGAACAAGAACACCACGACACGGGCAUCGACCACGGAGCCGAACAAGCGCCCUUCUAUAAAGCCUUAACUGAAGUCAUCAAGACAGGUUGUAAGGUUGCUAUAUCCAUAUCGAAAAAGAUUUAGAUAGUGACGGUCAGCAAAAUAAAUAAAUUUACUUUUUUUUCUGAUGUCAAUUUUUAGUUUUUUUUUAGUGAAUUACAGUAUUUGUUGCAAUAUUUUAAUUUUGAAUGCUCUGAUUCAUGGGGAUCGUUUGUCAGCAUAGUACGAGUUAAUAUGCUGAAUGUAACGACAGUUUUUUUUUUAUUGCUGAGCAACUAUACACGGUGUGUUAAAUAAAUACAAAUAUUAUUGACUGCAAUGUUACGGGUUGUUUCAAAUAAAUACUUGUAGUUUUUCUAAAUGUAGAUAGAGUAUUAUAUUUUUUAAGGAA